AUGUCGAACUUCCUUAACCAGGACUUCGGGUCCGAAGAUGAGGAGGAUGACUUCAACCCCACCAACCAUGAUGACUCCGAUGCCGAGGAACCCAGCUCCAAGCCAACCAAGAGGGAGGCAUCAGCUGAGGCUCCCAACGCGAAGUAUGGAGGCAACGCGGAAGAAGAAGAUGACACCAAAGACGUCGAUGAUGAUGAGGACAACGACGACGAUGAGGAGGAAGAGGAUGAAGAAGACGAAGAAGAAGAGGACGCAGUGGGUCCUCGGAAAAAGCAGAAGCGUGCCGCCAAUCCUUUCAUUGAGGACGAAGCUGGUGUCGAUGAAGAAGAGGACGAGGGCGACGACGAGGAAGAUGAGCUCGCCGAAUAUGGCAUGGAAACACACCCAGACGACCUCGAUGCAUUGCCUCAAGGUACCGAGACUGACGACCGCCGUCACCGGCAGCUCGAUCGCCAGCGUGAGAUCGAUGCAAGCAUGGACGCAGAGAAGCAGGCCCAGAUGUUGAAGGAACGAUAUGGACGAAACCGCGCUGCCGCUUCGGACUCGCUAGUCGUCCCUAAACGACUAUUGCUUCCUAGUGUUGAAGAUCCCAGCAUCUGGGGUGGUCGUUGCAAGCCCGGCAAGGAGAAGGACGUCGUCUACUCGAUUCAGCAGCGUAUCGAACAGCGACCUGCAAACUCCCGUAACCCCAUGCGCAUUAUCUCGGCUUUCGAACGCGGAAACAUCAUGCAGGGAUGGUUCUACUGUGAAGCCCGCCGACAGGCGGAUGUCAUCGAGGGCUUGGACGCCAUCAACUUUUACUAUCCCUCCCAGAAGCUUACUUUGGUCCCAGUGAAGGAGAUGCCAGACCUCCUCCGCGUCCAGAAAUCGGAGGAACUUCUACCUGGUGGUUGGAUUCGUAUCAAACGCGGCAAAUACCAAGGUGAUUUGGCUCAAAUUGAGGAGGUCGAGACCAAUGGCCUGAACGUCACCGUUCGUUUGGUUCCUCGAUUGGACUAUGGAAUGAACGAAGAUACUCUUGGUGCUCCGGCUGAUGCCAAACGCAAGCGUGGUGCUGUCAGCACUGUUCGCCCGCCCCAGCGUUUGUUUAGUGAGACGGAAGCCAAAAAGAAGCACGCUAAAUACCUUUCGUCCACUUCUGGUCUUGGUGGCAAGUCAUGGAACUAUCUCAACGACAACUACGUGGACGGAUUCCUCAUCAAGGACAUGCGUGUUCAGCAUCUCAGCCCUAAGAAUGUCAACCCCCGAUUGGAGGAAGUUACCAUGUUCGCGCGUGGAGGAGAAGAUGGAACCGCCAACUUGGACCUGGCUUCACUGGCGGAAACUUUGAAGAACUCCACAGCCGAGGACUCUUACCAACCGGGUGAUCCUGUGGAGGUCUACCGGGGUGAACAACAGGGCCUCAUUGGUCGCACAGUGUCGACUCGAGGUGACAUUGUCUCAUUGCAAGUCACCGAGGGUGAUUUGGCCGGUCAGACUAUCGAUGCUCCGGUCCGAACUCUCCGCAAACGCUUCCGUGAGGGUGAUCACGUCAAGGUGAUUGGUGGAAGUCGGUACCAGAAUGAACUUGGUAUGGUCGUUCAGGUCAAGGACGACACUGUCACCUUGCUCAGCGAUAUGAGUAUGCAAGAAAUCACCAUCUUCAGUAAAGAUCUCCGACUCUCGGCUGAGAUGGCUGCGGACGGCCAACUUGGUAUUUACGACGUGCACGACCUCGUCCAGCUCGAUGCCGCAACUGUUGCUUGUGUGAUCAAGGUAGACCGGGAGUCACUCCGUGUCAUUGACCAGAAUGGUUCCAUUCGCAACAUUCUUCCCACACAGAUUGCCAACAAGAUUGUCCCCCGCCGUGAUGCUGUUGCUACCGACCGUAAUGGCGCAGAGAUUCGCGCUGCUGAUACUGUCAAGGAAGUAUACGGAGAGCAGCGCAGUGGAGUCAUUCGUCAUAUCCACCGUUCAUUCCUUUUCUUGCACAACAAGGCGCAAGCAGAGAAUGCAGGCAUCUCUGUGGUUCGCACGACGAACGUUGUCACUGUGUCAGCACGGGGUGGUCGUACUACUGGCCCCGAUCUAACAAAGAUGAACCCUGCUCUGGCGAUGCAAACACCUGGCGGUGGUGCUGCUAUGCCGCCACCUCGCCGUGGCCGUGAUCAGCUAAUUGGUAAGACUGUCACUAUUCGCAAAGGCCGUUUCAAGGGUCUGGUCGGUAUCGUUCGCGAUGCAGACGACAACUCUGCUCAGGUUGAACUUUACACAUCCAACAAGCCUGUUCACAUCCCGCGAGAUGUCCUGACACCUAAAGAUCCUGUAUCUAAGCAGCCCCUCUCUAUGGGCCGCGGAAGAGGCGGAGGCAUGGGUAGUCGUACACCCUUCGGUUCAGGUGGCCCUGCGAGGGACAGCUGGUCUGGAGGUCGAACCCCGAUGGCCGGUGGCGACUCAUCUAGAACGCCAGCCUGGGGUGGUGCUAGCGCAGCGAGAACACCUGCUUGGGGUGGCGUCGGCGGCUCUCGUACUCCUGCUUGGAAGAAUGACGGUUCCCGCACCUCAAACCCUUACGCAGAUGGCAAUCGCACUGCCUAUGGUGGAAUCGGCAACCGCACACCUGCCUGGAACUCCGGAUCCAAGACCCCUUACGACUCCGGCUCUGGCUUCGAUGCCUUCGCCUCCGGAUCCCGCACACCUGCCUGGGGUGGCGCCUCAAAUACAAACACCGGAAACCGCACUCCAGCAUGGGGCGGUUUGUCUAACAGCCGCGAUCAGCGCGACUUUGAUGAUGCCCCUACGCCCGGUGGUGGCUACUCUGCGCCUACUCCAGGCGCUUAUGCGGCCCCGACCCCCGGUGCUCCUACACCCGGUGGCUGGCCCGAGAAUGCUCCCACGCCUGGCGGAGCUUUCAGCGCACCAACUCCCGGUGGCCCCACUCCUUCCGCCUAUGAUGCGCCCACCCCGGCCAUGGGUGGCUCGGCUGCUACGCCUGGUGCUUACGGUGGCAACGACGGUGGGCCACGCUACGAUGAUAGCCCAAGUCCAUGA